AUGGAUUCUUCUUUUUUCCUUGCCAAAGAGUUUGGAAGAAAGGGAAUCACACCGUUCAUUGAUAAUGAGAUCAAGAGAGGAGAAUCCAUCGGUCCUGAACUCAUUCGGGGGAUUAGAGGAUCUAAGAUCGCCAUCAUCUUGGUCUCCAAGAACUACGCUUCUUCGAAGUGGUGUCUUGAUGAAUUGGUCGAGAUUAUGAAAUGUAGGGAAGAGUUGGGUCAAACUGUGAUGGCCAUUUUCUAUAAAGUGGAUCCGUCUCAUGUCAAGAAACUUUCUGGAGAGUUUGGAAAGGUUUUUAAAAAGACUUGUGCGGGUAAAAGUCAAGAGGAUAUUGAAAGAUGGAGACAAGCUCUUGUGAAAGUGGCUACAAUCGCUGGCUACGAUUCAAGAAAUUGGUUUGUCCUCUUGAUUUCUACGGUCUCAAUCUUAGAAUUUUCUUGA